GUCCGCGAGCGUGGACGCCGUUGUGCUCUCGGGCGACAUAGUGAACUUCCCGCACAACGAGAGCGUUCAGUUCGUACUGCGGGAGCUCGCCAACGCGUUCUGCAGCGGUGGGCGCGGGUCGUGCACGCCCGUCCUGUACACGGCGGGCAACCACGACUGGUUCGUAGAGGGCAUGCCUAUACCCCGCGCGGAGCAGCAGAGGGAGUCGAUUCGAGGCGUCCUCAGGCCAUUGUACUACUUCGGCAGCCGCGGGCGCGGACGCCGACACGCAGGCCACGAUCCCGACGACUUCUCCUCCGUGGAGAUCGGCGGGGGGGAGGGCCGCCAGCCCCUGCUGCUGGUCGUCCUGGACAACUCCAGGCACGAGGUCAGCAGCGCCCAGGCCGAUUUCGUCAUGCGGCAGCUGGCCAGGGGCCUGCCGUCCCUGCUUGUGGUGCACGUCCCGCUGAUGAUGCAGGGGGUGACGCCGAAGGACAACAAGCACGUGCUUUGCGGAGAUCCACGGUACGGCUACGAGAGCGACACCUCCUGGCGGAUAGAGCGUCGUGAGCGUUGGCCGAGAGGGGGCGCUCCGGAGACCCAGCGCUUCGUGGAGGAGCUGCUGCAGCGCUUCGCCGCGCCGAGGGGGCCCCUGAUGGGCAUCCUCGGCGGCCACGAGCACACCCACAGAGUGGACAUGCUCGGGAAGCUGCGGGCCGCGGCCCCGCUGCGGCUGUCCUGCGACGCGAGCCACCCCCCGCGCUGCGAGAGCGGCGACGAGGCUAGCGGUUUUUCCAGCCGCGGCCCCGGAACUCCAGACCCAGUUAUAUCCGGCGUUCGUUUGGUCAGCAGGAUGACCGUGUGGUCGCCGUUCGCGAAGGGCGCACGGGGGGUUGGCGGAUUCGCCUUCCAGCUGCACGGUUCGGUGAUCGACAGGUGCGUCGUGCUCGCGGUGCCCUGCGCGCUGCUCGCCAUCGCGCUCAACAUUACCUUGCAGAGGCACCCCUCGAGGUAUCCCGAGACGCGGACGCAGCUGGAGGGUGACCUGAGCGCCUCCGUCCACCAGGGUUUCUCCUUCGUCCUCGGCUUCCUCAUCGUGUUCCGAACGCAACAGGCGUACUCGCGGUGGUGGGAGGGCGGCACGCUGUUGCAGCAGCUCAGGGGCGAUUGGUUCAACGCGUUCAGCAACCUCAUGGCGUUCCUUAACCCGAGCGAGGACCCCGUGAUGCAGGAGAAGGUGGAGAUCUUCCAGCACAAGAUGGUGCGCCUCUUCAGCCUGCUGUACGGUAGGGGCCUCGAGCAGGUCCACACGAUGAAGACGCCACCCCAGUUGGAGUAUGUCAACCCUGAGGGCUUUCAGAACGCGAUCGCAUACAUGAGACCAGACAUGACGCACGACGCGUGCGAGUUGGUUCUUCAGUGGAUUCAGAGGCUCAUUGUUGAGGCUAACACCGACGAUAUCGUGAAGAUUGCUCCCCCGAUCUUGGCGCGUGUCUACAACCAGCUUGGGCAGGGGAUUGUGAAGUUGAACAACGCCCGCAAGAUAAAGGAGUUCAUGGUGCCUUUCAAUCUCGCGCAGCUCAUUGCGAUGCUGUUGAUCCUGCACUGGAUCGCCACCGCGAUAACGUGCGCCAUAAUGUUGUCGAAUCCAUCGAUGGCAGGCCUUACAGCAUUCCUCGUCUGUUUCUCUUACUGGGGUGUGAACUACAUCGCGGUGGAGCUGGAGAACCCAUUCGGCGACGAUUGGAACGACUUGCCGCUCGCGGAGAUGCAGGACGACAUGAAUAGAAGCCUCAUCUCCCUGCUGAGGAAGCACGCCGUCAGUCCGCCGAAGUUUGACUUCGUCGCGGACCGCGACAGGGAUCUGGAGAAAUCCUUUGUGAGAGACUUCCCGUCCAACGCUGGAGGCGAGGUGAUUGCACCAGCGGUGUCUUCGCGGUUCGCCAGGAAGUCGAUGCAGGGCGAGGGCCACUGCACCUCCAGCAGCAGGACGGACGGUCACGAGGACAACUGCCGCGAUGGCAACUGCACAGUCGGCAGCGGUACGGACGGCUUGGCGACCGAUAAGUUGUACAGAGACGGCGUGCUCGCGACCGUGGAGCCGCCCGCCGAGCUCAGGAUCGAAGCUAAGUGGCACGACGAGGACGCCUCGCCACCGACCCCCGCCACGGUGGGCAGGCAGGAGGCAACCGAUGUGUCCUCGCCGGCGGGCAGCCACGCCGCUCUGCUGCCGAAGGCGCAGCCGAGAGCCUCGCCGGGCCGCGGCCAGUGGAACAGGGGCGCGGGACAGAGCCGGCCCAGCCUCGGCGGUGCAGACCCGGCCUCGAAGACCUCCCAGGCCAGCGCCCCCCGCAGCCCCGGCCGCGGCAGAGCUCCGCCGCACGGCCAGCACGGCGAGGGCUGGCGACCGCCCGCGUCUCCCGCCGGCGGCCUCUGCGGCGGCGUCGCGGGGUCGCUGUGCCUGGGCAGCGGGCGCACGGGGGGGUCUGGCGGAUUCGCCUUCCAGCUGCACGGCUCGGUGAUCGACAGGUGCGUCGUGCUCGCGGUGCCUUGCGCGCUGCUCGCCGUCGCGCUCAACAUCACCUUGCAGAGGCACCCCUCGAGGUAUCCCGAGACGCGGACGCAGCUGGAGGGUGACCUGAGCGCCUCCGUCCACCAGGGUUUCUCCUUCGUCCUCGGCUUCCUCAUCGUGUUCCGAACGCAACAGGCGUACUCGCGGUGGUGGGAGGGCGGCACGCUGUUGCAGCAGCUCAGGGGCGAUUGGUUCAACGCGUUCAGCAACCUCAUGGCGUUCCUUAACCCGAGCGAGGACCCCGUGAUGCAGGAGAAGGUGGAGAUCUUCCAGCACAAGAUGGUGCGCCUCUUCAGCCUGCUGUACGGUAGGGGCCUCGAGCAGGUGCACACGAUGAAGACGCCACCCCAGUUGGAGUAUGUCAACCCUGAGGGCUUUCAGAACGCGAUCGCAUACAUGAGACCAGACAUGACGCACGACGCGUGCGAGUUGGUUCUUCAGUGGAUUCAGAGGCUCAUUGUUGAGGCUAACACCGACGAUAUCGUCAAGAUUGCUCCCCCGAUCUUGGCGCGUGUCUACAACCAGCUUGGGCAGGGGAUUGUGAAGUUGAAUGACGCCCGCAAGAUAAAGGAGUUCAUUGUGCCUUUCAAUCUCGCGCAGCUCAUUGCGAUGCUGCUGAUCCUGCACUGGAUCGCCACCGCGAUAACGUGCGCCAUAAUGUUGUCGAAUCCAGCGAUGGCAGGCUUUACAGCAUUCCUCGUCUGUUUCUCUUACUGGGGCGUGAACUACAUCGCGGUGGAGCUGGAGAACCCAUUCGGCGACGAUUGGAACGACUUGCCGCUCGAGGAGAUGCAGGAUGACAUGAAUAGAAGCCUCAUCUCCUUGCUGAGAAAGCACGCCGUCAGGCCGCCGAAAUUUGACUUCGUCGCGGACCGCGACAAGGAUCUGGAGAAAUCCCUUGUGAGAGACUUCCCGUCGAACGCUGGAGGCGAGGUGGUUUCACCAGCGGUGUGUUCGCGGUUCGCCAGGAAGUUGAUGCAGGGCGAGGGCCACUGCACCUCCAGCAGCAGGACGGCCGGUCACGUGGACAACUGCCGCGAUGGCAACUGCACAGUCGGCAGCGGGACGGACGGCUUGGCGACCGAUAAGUUGUACAGAGACGGCGUGCUCGCGACCGUGGAGCCGCCCGCCGAGCUCAGGAUCGAAGCUAAGUGGCACGACGAGGACGCCUCGCCACCGACCCCCGCCACGGUGGGCAGGCAGGAGGCAACCGAGGUGUCCUCGCCGGCGGGCAGCCACGCCGCUCUGCUGCCGAAGGCGCAGCCGAGAGCCUCGCCGGGCCGCGGCCAGUGGAACAGGGGCGCGGGACAGAGCCGGCCCAGCCUCGGCGGUGCAGACCCGGCCUCGAAGACCUCCCAGGCCAGCGCCCCCCGCAGCCCCGGCCGCGACCGAGCUCCGCCGCACGGCCAGCACGGCGAGGGCUGGCGACCGCCCGCGUCUCCCGCGGGCGGCCUCUGCGGCGGCGUCGCGGGGUCGCUGUGCCUGGGCAGCGGGCGUAGCGGGCAGCUUCUCGGGGCGGAGCGCCGCGCGGGCUCUGGCUGGCGCGCUGGCGCCGCGGCCGGGGCGCCCGGCCACGACGGCGGGCUCCUGGAGAGAGCCGACCAGGACAACGACGCAGGUCGCGGCAGGGUGCGAUGGCCGUGA